AUGCUUCAGCCCAGACGGUUGAUGGACAAGGCCAUAUGUCUGAGAAAAACCAAGGCGACCCCUCGCCAGUUCAGAUACAGCGAGACGGAGACCAAACCCAUAUAUCUGAAAAGAAGACUGGUGCGCUGGAACGAGUCCGGCGCCAUCAUGUACCGGUUCGUAGCGACUAGCAACUCGUUCAUCCUCAAGGGCAUGAGCGACGGUGUGACAGGAGCUUUAAUUCCAUAUAUCGAGACAUACUACAAUAUCACGUACACAAUCGUGUCGCUGGUAUUCCUGGCGCCCUUCGUCGGGUACCUGGUGGCGUCGCUCGUGAACGGCAUGGUACACCACUAUGCGGGACAGCGGGGCGUUGCGGUGAUGGCGAGCUUUUCGCGGGUAGCCGGGCUGCUGACGUUGGUGUUCCACCCGCCGUACCCGGUCCUGCCCGUAGCCAUGCUGUUUGUAGGCUUCGGCAACGGGCUCGAGGACAGCGCGUGGAACGCGUGGGUGGGCAACAUGCACAACGCCAACGAGCUUCUGGGCAUCAUGCACGGCGCAUACGGCCUGGGGGCCACCAUCGGCCCGCUCAUUGCGACCGCCAUGAUCACCAAGGGCGGCCUGCAGUGGUACACGUACUAUUACGUGCAGCUCGGGGCCGACGUCGUCGGCGUGACCCUGCUCAUCACCUCCUUCUGGGGCGCCACUGCGAAGGCGUAUCGUGAGUCGCACAAGGUUCACAACGGCGGCCAGCGCACAACGACUCGGCAGGUGCUGCGCAAGCCUCUCACCUGGCUACUCGCCGUCUUCCUGCUAGGCUACGUGGGCGCCGAGGUGUCGUUGGGCGGCUGGAUUGUCACCUUUAUGCUGCGGGUACGCGACGCAGAGCCUUUCAUUGCUGGGCUCAGUGCGACCUUCUUCUGGCUUGGACUCACCGUCGGCCGCGUCAUCCUCGGCUUUAUAACGGGACGCAUCGGCGAGAAGCUGGCCAUCACCAUCUACCUGGGUCUCACGGUGGUACUGCAGUUACUCUACUGGCUCGUGCCCACCUUUGCUGCGUCGGCCGUCUUCGUUACCUUUCUUGGAUUCUUCCUAGGCCCGCUUUUCCCCGGCGCCAUUGUCGCGGCCACCAAGCUGCUGCCGAGCGACCAGCACGUCUCGGCCAUCGGAUUCGCCUGUGCGUUUGGCGGCGGAGGCGCUGCCCUGGUCCCGUUCGCCGUCGGCGCCAUUGCAGAGAGCAAGGGUGUUUACGUCCUGCAGCCGAUUGUGCUGGCUAUUUUGGUCACCAUCUUGCUGCUAUGGUUGGCUAUGCCCGGCGGCUUGCGGAGAGGAGGGCUCGAGCGCGCUCGGGAAAACCAAGAAGGGGUCGGCCACGAGAUCGGGCAAGCGAUCCGGUGGGCGAAAGUCAAGACAGGGAAAACGGCAUAA